AUGCCUCUCAGUCCUACAGAAACCGAACGUGCAGAACGCCUUCUAGUACGUACUAUCGCAAAACGUGAUGCUCUCGUUGUACAAAUGAGUUUGUUGCAUGAUCUUUCGAAAAAUGUCGUGCAUAACGCGGCUACCAUUCUUCCGUUAUUCCGCGCUCGAAAACGCGACAUUGAUUCACUUCUCACCCAAUUCAAAGCUGAACAGGACUCAAUUUUAGAUAUGCUAGUUCAGUUGCAACGCAUAAGUGAAUACCACACUACGCAUGCACCGAUCGACAUCGCGUUAUCGGAACAAUAUUAUAAUAUCUUAGCAGUCGCUGAAGAAAUCGGUUUGAAUGUUCCAUUGACGGUACCCCCGGUCACCGUUAGUUCUCAAGAGUGUUCUCAUAUUCAAUUACCGAAAAUUGAGCUUCCUCAUUUUGAUGGUGAUUUCUUGCAAUGGAUCGCCUUUCGUGAUACGUUCAAAUCAUUAGUACAUGAUAACUCGCAAAUAAAAGAUAUCGAAAAAUAUCAUCAUUUGUUGUCCGCCGUCAGUGGAAGUGCCAGUGCUGUCGUGCGUUCCCUGCCGUUAUCAGCGUCCAAUUAUGUCGUCGCAUGGAGGGCCCUUCUUGACAGGUUUGACAACCCACGCCUUAUCAUGAAUUCACAUUUAGAUAAAUUGUUUAGCUUCUCCACCUUGCGUUCAUCGUCGUUGGACGAUUUGAAACAUUUUUUGGACACUUUUCAAGAAAAUAUCGCCGCCCUGAGAAGCUUUGACGUUCCAGACAAAGAGGGUUUCUUGUUAUUCUACCUCGCGUCGCGGGUAUUGGACUCUAGCACAAAAUGUUUAUUUGAAUCCCAACGUGAUAAUCGGACAAUACCAGUCAUCGAUGAAUUGUUGAUGUUCGUACAGACUCGAUGUCAGGUUCUCCAAAAUAGUGCAGGUACAUCCAAUUGGGGAUCACCAGUCAAGAACAAACCUACUUCCUACGCAAAAAAGGGUUCGUCGUUCGUGAAGACUUCCUUAUUAGCCAAUGCUUCAGAGUCCCACAAGCCGUGUUUAGUUUGUAAUGGCCCACACCCUUUGUAUCGAUGUGACAAAUUCAUACAACAACAGGUGCCGGCACGUCUCAAAACGGUACAGACACAUCGUUUGUGCAGAAACUGCAUAAGUGCAGUACACGACACUUCAAAAUGUUCAUCGAAGUAUUCAUGCCGUCAUUGCUCCGCGAAACACCAUUCAUUGCUUCAUUUGGACACAUAUAAAACAAAAGAGUCCCUGAAUCUACCCAGCUCCUCCAGUUCGACUUCAGGGGACACAUCGAAAGGUCAGGAUGUAGCCACGGUCAACAUAGGAACAGCCAGCCGCACAAAUUUGAGUGUCUUGGGGACGGCUAGCAUUCGGAUUCAGGAUAAGUGCGGACAUUGGAUUCCAUGCAGAGCUCUGAUAGACUCAGGAUCACAAGUCUCCGCGAUAACUCACAAUUGUGCCACCCAAUUAGGCUUGACACGACGUCACAGCGCCAUUGACAUCGUGGGAUUGUCACAAACACCAAUUUCUCGGGUAAAAGGAGUAGUAACAUGUUCAUUCACAGCGAGUUCCACCUCUUCUCCGGAAUACUCAUGCGAACCCAUUGUAUUAAGCAAGAUCACUGGCAUAUUACCAUCCAUGAGGCUUAAUCCAAGCAUUCGCUCGCACUACUCCGCCCUGCAGUUUGCGGACCCAUUUUUUGAUCGUCCAGGGCGCAUUGAUUUCUUGUUAGGUGCUGAUGUCUACAACCAACUCUUCACGGGCGAAAGUCGUGUGCAUCAUACUCCAGGUUUUCCGUCAGCGUUCGAGACACGAUUAGGAUGGAUAUUCAUAGGGCCUAUUGCCUAUGAUGGUACUGAAAUCUCAUCAAACAGUUUGACGGUACGUACAGAGCCGUCAUUGGAUAAAUUGCUCCAUCGGUUCUGGACAGUUGAAGAGCCAGUAGUACAACCAAUUCCAUUCACUGAAGAGCAGAAGUGCGAAGAUUGGUUUGUUCGGACAACCCAACGGGAUGAGUCAGGCAGAUACAUAGUAACGUUUCCUUUCAAGUCAGACCCAUGUAUUUUGGGUGGGUCACGUACAAUGGCCUUAUCUCGGUUUCUAAAUUUAGAGCGCAAAUUACAGGUGAAUGACGAAUUGUACGCAGAAUACCGGGCGUUCAUGGAUGCGUACAUAAAGCUUGGUCAUAUGCACCUUGCCACGUUGCCUGGAAAGUACAUCAUCCCGCAUCACGCGGUAGUCAAAUCCGUGAAUGAUUCUAUCAAACUUCGGGUCGUAUUUGAUGCAUCAGCUCGAACGUCAUCAGGUUCAUCGUUGAAUGACAUCGUGUUCACGGGCCAAAAAUUACAACAAGAUAUUUCCACAUUGUUAAUGUCAUGCCGGUUACAACGGUACAUGUUCACAGCAGAUAUUUGCAAGAUGUAUCGGCAGAUCAAGCUAUCUCAUUCCGACCAACAAUAUCAACACAUCUUAUGGCGCGAUUGCCCUUCGGAUCCGUUACAAGAAUACGCUUUAUCCACUGUCACAUAUGGGGUUGCGUGUUCGCCAUUUCAAGCGAUCCGGGUGUUGCACCAACUAGAAGCGGACGAAGGAGAUAAGUUUCCAGCCACGAAGAACGUGUUAACGGCCCAAACGUAUGUAGACGAUAUCAUUACCGGGGCCCAAUCCGUUGAGUCGGUGCUAACACUCCAGAAUCAACUUUGUAACCUCUUGGCAAGUGGUGGCUUUAUCUUGAAGAAGUGGGCGAGCAAUAGUCCAGAAGUUCUUCAAACCAUUCCCGUCGCAGAUAGAGUCCUUGAAUUGUCUUUUGAUCCCAAAGAUGACGCUUGUGUAAAGAUUCUCGGGCUCCAUUGGGACCCCGUCACAGAUACGUUCACCUAUCAUAGUGAUCAUGUCCAGUCCGCACUCACCAAAAGAGCAGUUCUAUCGUCCAUCGCCAAGAUAUACGACCCGCUAGGUGCUCUAGCGCCGAUAACGUUCUGGGCAAAAUGUUUUAUGCAGAGGUUAUGGAAGGAAGGAUAUGAAUGGGACAGUCCCAUAUCGUCAGAACUAGCAUCAGCAUGGGCCCUAUUUGCCUCCGAAUUACCCCUUGUCUCCGGUAUCCGGAUUGCACGUCAUAUCCCGGUUCAAUCAAGUAGCCACGCGCAAUUGAUUGGGUUCUCCGAUGCUUCACUGAAAGGCUACGCCGCGGUCGUAUACCUCCGACUUUUGUAUGUCAACGCGUCACCCACCAUACAUCUUAUUACCGCCAAAUCUAAAGUAGCGCCAUUAAAGUCAGGUCAGGCGGAUGAACUUCUAUCUGUCCCACGGCUGGAGUUGUGUGGCGCGCUGCUGUUGGCACAAGUUCUACAGCGCGUACAAGGGACCAUGGCAUCCGUGGUGACAUUGUCGUCAAUUCACGCGUGGACUGAUUCAACAGUCGUUUUAUCCUGGUUGACGAAUGUGCAAGUACAAUACAAAAUAUUCGUCACCAACAGACUCAACAAGAUCAAGGAACUAAUUCCAACAUGCGAAUGGCACCACGUGGUUACUUCCCAAAAUCCUGCUGAUUGCGUAUCCCGCGGAAUGUUCCCGAAGGAUGCGUUGGACCAUCGUUUGUAUUGGGAUGGUCCUUCAUGGUUGUACGAGCCCAAUGAUGAAUGGUCAUCCGCCACUUUCCAACCUUUAGCUCCCCAUGAGGUACCAGAACAGGCAAGCCACACACUAAGUGCAGUGACACUCGCCACCCAUGUAGAUGACCCCGAGUGGUUCAAAAGAUUUUCUUCAUUGACAAGACUUCAGCGUGUCAUUUCAUACAUGCACCGGUUCAUUGAUCGCGCCCGAAAACGACAGUCAGUACUUGGAUAUAUUCGACAUACCGAACUCGAACGUUCAUUGUUUCUGGUUAUACGGCUGACGCAGGAUCAACAUUUCUCGGCGCUCAGAAAAUCACUCACGUCAGUACCUCCUGAAGCUUCUCCGAUAUCACUCGCUAGACUGUCUACCUAUAUUGACUCAGAAGGAAUAAUUCGCGUGGGUGGCCGUCUGCGGCACUCCGUACUACACGAUGACGCCAAAAAUCCCAUUUUAUUACCAAAAGUGUGUUCCUUGUCUACACUUUUAAUCCGACACUAUCAUCUGCAAUAUCUUCAUGCCGGCCCACAGCUUAUAUCGUCCUUACUCGUGCAACGAUAUUGGAUCAUGUCAGCCAGGGCCGCUAUCCGUCGCAUAACAUUUAAAUGUAUUAGCUGCACUCGUCAAAAGGCUACCGCGCCUAUACCAAUAAUGGCAGACCUGCCGCCCGCCAGAGUGCGUCCAUCCCGGCCAUUCGCUCACGUGGGGGUGGACUAUGCGGGACCGUUCCUGAUCAAGGAAGGGAGGCGGAAACAAGCACGCUCCGUCAAAGGGUAUCUAGCCUUGUUCGUUUGUAUGGUGAUUAAAGCGGUCCACAUUGAGGUUGUUUCGGACUUGACCACCGACGCGUUCAUUGCUGCAUUACAUAGAUUCGUGUCGCGACGGGGACUCCCGUCAGAUAUAUAUUCAGACUGUGGUACCAAUUUCAAGGGAGCAAAUCGUGAUCUCCAACGUUUGUUUUCUGAACCCGCAGCGCAGGAAUUGUACUCCGGUGCCAUCGUCUGUCACUGGCAUUUUAACCCACCAGCCUCACCGCACUUCGGAGGUCUGUGGGAAGCCGCUGUGAAGUCUUGCAAAUACCAUCUGAAACGCGUGAUUGGAACCCAAAUGUUGACGUUUGAAGAAAUGGCCACACUAGUCAGCCGGAUAGAAGCCAUCUUAAACUCGAGACCAAUCACGCCACAAUCGUCCAGCCCACACGAUCUGAACCCGUUGACACCAGGUCAUUUUUUGGUGGGUGGGCCUCUCGUCACAAUUGCUGAACCGGAUUUGACCACUACUCCGAUGAACCGUUUGCGCCGUUGGCAGCUUUUAACUUUGUUUCACCAAUCGUUCUGGACCAGGUGGGCAUCAGAAUACCUUACGAGUCUACAGAACCGAGCCAAAUGGAUACGACCACAGCUCAAUAUUGAGGUCGGGGACCUAGUCAUCGUCCGAUGUCCAAAUUUGCCACCAACUGCUUGGAAACUCGGCCGCGUGGAAAGCACUCAUCCAGGUGAUGAUGGCGUGGUGCGAGUCGUCACGGUGCGCACCACCGAUGGGACGUUCAAAAGACCAUGUGUCAAACUUGUCGUGCUACCUACGCCUGAUGAUCCGUAA